AUAUAUAUAUAUAUAUUUAUUAUAUUAUUUAUUAUAUUGCAGAAUGAUGAGAUAGAAGCAUUAUCAGCAAUAUAUGGUACAGAUUUCCAUACUGAGAGUGCAGAACAUAGGACAUAUAGCAUUGAUAUUGGCAGAAGGGUCAACACAGCCCUUUUACAGGUGACCAUGCCUCCGGAAUAUCCAGGGGAUUCCCCUCCCAUGUACAUGCUCAGUGCCCCGUGGCUGAAGGGAAUGAAACGACAGGAGCUGUGUGGAUACCUGGAAGAAAUAUAUUUAGAGAAUACUGGAGAGAGUAUUGUCUAUAUGUGGGUUGAGAAAAUACGAGAAUUCAUGACAGAACAAGCUGCACAUGAACCAGUGGUUGAAGAGAAGUCUUCAAUCACUGAUGCUGUUGACAAGCUGCAGUUGAGUUUUGAAGAGGAAGUGCAAUGUCCUGAGAUAUUUUCGGGGGACAUUAUCAGUGAUCGUAAGAGCCACUUUCAGCCACAUCUUGCUGCAGUUAGGUCUACAGCAGAAGUAAAGUAAGUUGUCAUGUUGCUA